AUGGAUCCCUUUAGAAACAUUUUGAGCAUAGAAGGAUGCAGCAGUAGUGAAUCAGGUUGGACAACAUACAUUGCAUCUCCCAUGCAAGAAGAUGAUGCUGAAUGCAGUAAUAUUGAAGAUGCUGAUUAUGACAACCAUAAUCGCAUUACAUAUCACAAAAAGGAUAAAAUUGGCAAAGAUGACAACGAGAGUGAUGAUUCCAUGGCUUCUGAUGCUUCCUCUGGCCCAAGCCAUCAUCACCACCUUGUUUCUUCUAGAAGUAAAGACAGCAAAGCCGCAGCUGGAUUCGGUUCCAAGCGCGACAACAAGGAGUCUAAGCACAAGAGCACAAGAAAACAAGAGAAGAAAAGUGGUGAAAAGAGCACCAAGAGGAAGUGA